GGCGCUCUGGAGGCACGGCGGAGCGGAGGGGUUGUGCGGCCGCCUCCGCCCCCCUCGUCCCGCCGCCCUCCCGCCCGCCGCUCUGCGCGGUGCCGCCCGCCGCGGGGGGAUGCCGACGCAGCGGGACAGCAGCAGCACCAUGGCGGCUCCGGGCGGCGGCGGGGGCGGCCUCGGCGGGGACAGCGCCCACCAGGUCCGCGUGAAAGCCUACUAUAAGGGGGACAUCAUGAUAACGUAUUUUGAACCUUCCAUCUCCUUUGAGGGAUUGUGCAGUGAAGUUCGAGACAUGUGCUCCUUUGACAACGAGCAGCUUUUCACCAUGAAAUGGAUUGAUGAAGAAGGAGACCCAUGUACGGUUUCUUCCCAGCUGGAGUUAGAAGAGGCAUUUCGGUUGUAUGAACUAAACAAGGAUUCAGAACUUCUAAUUCAUGUGUUUCCCUGUGUACCAGAACGGCCUGGCAUGCCUUGCCCAGGAGAAGAUAAAUCCAUUUAUCGCCGUGGCGCCCGCCGGUGGCGAAAGCUCUAUUGUGCAAAUGGUCACACUUUCCAAGCCAAACGAUUUAACAGGCGAGCUCACUGUGCCAUCUGCAGUGACCGAAUAUGGGGCCUGGGUCGCCAGGGAUACAAAUGCAUCAAUUGCAAACUCCUUGUUCACAAGAAGUGUCACAAACUGGUCAAUACUGAAUGUGGUCGUCAUACACUACAACCAGAACCAAUAAUGCCUAUGGACCCAUCAUCAGUGCAUCCAGAUAACGUAGAAUCAGUGAUUCCAUAUAAUCCAUCAAGUCAUGAGAGCCUAGACCAUGUUGGUGAAGAAAAGGAGGCAAUGGGCAUAAGAGAAAGUGGCAAAGCUUCUUCCAGUCUGGGUCUUCAGGAUUUUGAUUUGCUCCGAGUUAUAGGAAGAGGCAGUUAUGCUAAAGUACUGCUUGUUCGAUUGAAGAAAACAGAACGCAUUUAUGCAAUGAAGGUGGUGAAGAAAGAACUCGUCAAUGAUGAUGAGGAUAUUGAUUGGGUUCAGACAGAGAAACAUGUCUUUGAACAGGCUUCAAAUCAUCCUUUCCUUGUUGGACUGCACUCUUGCUUCCAGACAGAAAGCAGGUUAUUCUUUGUUAUAGAGUAUGUAAAUGGAGGAGAUCUGAUGUUUCACAUGCAGAGACAGAGAAAACUGCCAGAAGAGCAUGCCAGAUUUUAUUCUGCUGAAAUCAGCCUUGCAUUGAAUUAUUUACAUGAACGAGGAAUAAUCUACAGAGAUUUAAAACUAGAUAAUGUGCUACUAGAUUCUGAAGGACAUAUUAAACUCACAGAUUAUGGCAUGUGCAAGGAAGGGCUGAGGCCUGGUGAUACAACAAGCACGUUCUGUGGAACUCCAAACUAUAUUGCUCCUGAAAUUCUUCGAGGAGAAGAUUAUGGCUUCAGUGUAGACUGGUGGGCACUUGGUGUACUUAUGUUUGAAAUGAUGGCAGGCAGGUCACCAUUUGAUAUAGUUGGAAGUUCUGACAAUCCUGAUCAGAACACAGAAGACUAUCUUUUUCAAGUAAUUUUGGAAAAGCAGAUCCGGAUUCCCCGAUCCCUUUCUGUUAAAGCAGCAGGUGUUCUAAAGAGUUUCCUUAAUAAGGAUCCAAAGGAGCGGUUAGGCUGCCACCCCCAGACAGGAUUUGCAGAUAUCCAGGGACAUCCAUUUUUUCGCAAUGUUGAUUGGGAUCUGAUGGAGCAAAAGCAAGUGGUGCCUCCAUUCAAACCAAAUAUAUCUGGAGAAUUUGGUCUGGAUAACUUUGAUUCCCAGUUCACCAAUGAACCUGUGCAGCUCACUCCAGAUGAUGACGAUAUUGUGAAGAAGAUUGACCAGUCUGAAUUUGAAGGCUUUGAAUACAUAAAUCCUCUUUUGAUGUCAGCUGAGGAAUGCGUCUGAAUUCUCCAUUUCUGGACUGUGCCAGUUGUUACUCUGCUUUUUCUGCUUGGAUAAAGAUCUCUUCAUUUGGAUGCACUAGCAUAAAAUGAGUAACUAAUCAUCAUACCAUUGCCACCGAGUGUGAAUUACUCACAUUUUCUUCUUGUAUCAAUUAACGCCUGGGGCAGUUAUGCUGAACCUUGGACUGCCAGAAUAUAUAAAAUGUAAAUUUUCAAGAAGUCUUGCCAAACUUGAAGUUGGUCUCUGGGGUUCCUGAGUGAACAAUGGGAUCUGGCUGUAUAACCUGCCAAUACAGCCUUCUGAUAAAGGAAAGUUGUUUUACUACUUUGAGAAUACAAAUUGCAUCAGAGGACAUAAUGAAAUAUCACUAAAGGAAUUCUACUAUUCCAGAGAGACAAGUAAGAUCUCAUGACUUGUAGUUUUAAAUCUAAAUAUGAUUUCCUUGUUCUCCUUAGAUAUAGAAGUUACAGCUAUAUUAUUACCCUUCAGAUUUAAGUGACAGUGAGGAAAGCAGAAUAGGUCAAGAAUUGGCUAUUCUCAUAAGGUAAGUUGAUCCAUCCUAAAGGUAGUGUUUAACUCAGUAUUAGAGUCAGACUUCACUCUGAAAUGACACGGGGAAGUGUACACAGUCUGAUACAGAGUGCCUUUCUGAGCCUGUCCCUUUCAGUGAGGGCUGUGCAUGGUAUAAGUGGAAUUCAGUGAAUACUUUUAAAAAUUAAAAUCUGCAGAGUGCAAUUUAGCAGGAAUGGGCAGCUAAAACUGACGAAUGUUAGGAUCUCAUACUAUUAUUUAUUACUUUUACAACUUCUGUUCUUACUGUAUCAGAACUGCAUACGUUACAGCUGUGGCCUACGUAAGGGCAUUGUUUUACCAUUUUUUCUUUUAUUAUUAUUAUUAUUAAAUCUUACUGCCAUACUGAUGGAAAUGCAUUCCACGUUGCCAGUGGAAAAAGCACAUCUAGAAAAAAAAUAGGUGCUGUCCGCAAUGACUCCCUUAAUUUUUUCAUUUAUAAGUAGUAAUUUGUAGUAGCAAACAAACCUUUAGUGUUGGUAGUAGACUCAAAGCUAAUAGUAAAGCAAUUAGAAUAAACAGAACUGUUCAAACUGGGACUUUCAGGAGGUGUGAUUAUUACAUUUCAUGUUAGCAAACAGUGUAAUAUACAGCACAGCUAACUCUUAUUUUUAAUAUUUGGGAGAUAGCUUUGAAUGUCUUAGGCUGAAGAAAUGCCAAAUGUACCACUUCUUAAUGUUUAUUUUUGGGGAAAAGGGAUUAAAAGACAUUGAAGAAAAGAAUCUGUAUUUAUAUAAAUAAGAGAUGUAAGGCAACUUAGUGUUACUUAAAGCAGAUUUAAGUGUCUGUGAACACAAGUUAGCAAACCUUAUCUGAAGCUUUUAGUAAGCUUUCUGUUUAGUCAGUGUCCCUGUGAAAAUCCUUGUGUGGUAAAACGGUAAAUUCGUAGCAUGACUCUUCCAGUGUAUGUUUUUCUCACUUUAUAUGUUAGCUUCAAGGGGAGAGACUGCACAAGCACAGUAGUUCAUGGUGUGGUAUUUAGUAUGUACUUUUCUUUGCAUCAUGAGUAGGAACCAAAAUACUGGGCUGAAUUUUUAAAACUGGGAACUAAUUGGAGGGACCUCCAUUCCAGGGAAGCAUUAAACUUCUGCACUGUUAAAAGUUGGGUUCUCUUGGCUUCAAGUUGUACACUUUCCAAGGUAAAAUAUCAGAGUAAAUCUACUUUUAAAGAGCAGCUAAUAACUUCAACACUGUUAUUUCAUGUGAAAUGAAACUGCUUGCAGCCAGUUAUAAAUUUAAGUGUUUGACACUCAUGUGACUAGUUGGAACUUAAUUGGUAGUAAAUUUGAAGUUACUUAAAGCAAGCAAGAAAAGCCUUCUCUGUACAGUUCCUUAAUUUCAUGUACAAUAUCAAGCAAAAUAGCUUUACGUAGGGAAGGGCAUUUCUGCUGUUGAUCACAGAAGAGCACUGUCUUUUGUGCUCAAAGCAAAACUUUUUAUAGAUGAUGUCACAGAAAAUAUACUUUUUCUAUUUACGCAUCUAACUAUUGCCACUGAGAUAAAUAUCUUUAAUGACUGUAAGUCCAUUGUUAAACUUUAAUUUUCUCCUAAGUGCCAUGAAAUUAAGUUAUUUUUCAUUGUGGAGUGUAAUAGCAACUUCCAUAAGUAUUCAGAAGGGAUAUGGCAUGUAAACAGUUGGGUAGGCUUUGAAUUUUGAAGAAAGUGUCUGCAUCAGAAGUGUGAUGUAUUUAUGUGGAGCUGACCCUUUUGUAUGUGAGUUAGAUUCUUAUGGGUGCUCUGCUCGUUCAUAUUGUCUCUACUACUUUCUUGUUUCGUAUGGAAUAUAGUCUUGAACAUUGUUGUGUAAUCAUUCUCUUUAUUUGUGCACAAUUUUUACUUUAAAUAAAACAUUUGUAUUAGGA